AUGUCCCAGCACCUGCUGCUUCCAUUCAUGAUCCUUGCCAUCAGCUCCGCCCCAGGAGACUUCCAGGACUCAGCUCUCAGCCCUUCCCAAGAAGACCCUGAGGAUCUAGAUCCUUUGCCUCUGCCCUGGAUGCUGCAGCAAGUGGAGUUAAAGCUGCUGGGAGCGGCUGCCUGUCAAUGUCUCUACAACCGGCCCGGCCCCUUCAACCUCACCUUCCAGCUAUUGCCCGGGAUGCUGUGCGCUGGUUACCCAGAGGGCCGCAGAGACACCUGCCAGGGUGACUCUGGAGGCCCUCUGGUGUGUGAAGCAGGUGGUCGCUGGUUCCAGGUGGGAAUCACCAGCUUUGGCUUUGGCUGUGGACGGAGGAACCGGCCAGGAGUCUUCACAGCUGUGGCUCCCUAUGAGGCCUGGAUCCAGGAACAGGUGAUGGGCUCCACGCCUGGGCCUGCCUUUCCUGCCCACCCUCAGGGGCCCCAGCCAGAGCCCCCGGAGCCCGCCGAAGAGAACUGCACCAUUGCCCUGCCAGUGUGUGGGAAGGCCCCGAGGCCAGGGGCAUGGCCCUGGGAGACCCAGGUGAUGGUGCCAGGCUUCAGACCCUGCCAUGGGGCGCUGGUUUCGGAGAGCUGGGUCUUGGCGCCUGCCAGCUGCUUUCCAGACCCAGCCAUCUCCGACCUCGAGGCCUGGCGCGUGCUGCUGCCCUCGGGCCCGCGCGCGGAGCGGGUGGCGCGCUUCGUGCCGCACGAGAACGCCUCGCGGGACGGCGGCUCGGACCUGGCGCUGCUGCAGCUGCGCGCGCCCGUGAACCUGAGCGUGGCCCCGCGGCCCGUGUGCCUGCCCCACCCGGUUCACUAUUUCCUGCCCGGGAGCCGCUGCCGCCUGGCUCGCUGGGGUCGCGGGGCCUGUGGCCUGCUACCAGAGACCUCUCAGACGACGGGGGUCCUGUGGCCCUGGCUGGCAGAGGUCCACGUGGCUGAUGGCCGAGUGUGCUCGGGGAUCCUUGUGGCCCGGGGCUGGGUCCUGGCAGCCACGCACUGUGUCCUCAGACCAGGCUCUACAACAGUGCCCUCUGUCCAAGUGUACCUGGGCCGAGCAGGGGCCAGCCCCCUCCCACAAGGCCACCAGCUGUCCCGCUGGGUCAUCAGCAUCCGCCUACCCAGGCACCUGGGACUCCGGCCCCCUCUGGCCCUGUUGGAGCUGAGCUCCCGCGUGGAGCCCUCCCCAUCAGCUCUGCCCAUCUGCCUCCAGCCAGGAGGCAUUCCUCUGGGGGCCAGCUGCUGGGUGCUGGGCUGGAAGGACCCCCAGGAUCGAGUCCCUGUAGCUGCUGCUGUAUCCAUCCUGACACCACGACUCUGUCACUGCCUCUAUCCGGGCUCUCUGCCUCCCGGGACCCUCUGUGUCCUCUACGCUGAGGGACAGGAGGACACCUGUGAGGUGACCUCGGCGCCCCCGCUCCUGUGCCAGACUGAAGAAGGCUCCUGGGUCCUCCUGGGUAUGGCUGUUCGAGGGAGCAGGGAGCUGUUCGCUGCUGUUGCCCCUGAAGAGACCUGGAUCGCCCAGACAGUGGGGGAGGCCCACUUCCUGCCCCCAAGUGGUUCCCCCAACUGGCCCUUCGAAGGCAGUGACCUUUGUCCUCCAGACAUGGCCGGGGCCUCAGGCUCCCCUCGGGCCUCUCUGCUUUUGCUGCUACUGACCCUGCUGAUCCAGAGCUGAUUGGCCUGGGUUCCCCGGGGGUUACCUUCCCCUCCUGGCCCAUCUCCUUGCCCCCAGCUCAGUCACUGGAAUGUCGCCUGACCUGGAGGGUGCCCCACCCACUGAGGCAGCUUCAGAUAAUUGGACUUUGGUGGCCAGGUAUUUGGUCCUAGGAAUCCUUGGGGGUGGCAGCAAGAAGAGGGACAAUAAAGGUGUAAACACUGA